GGUCUCCCAAGGAUGGAUCAUUCCCAGUGCCUUGUGACUAUAUACGCCUUGGUGGUUCUGCUGGGUCUCCGGCUAGAGCAGGGCGCCUGCCAGCACUAUCUGCACAUCCGACCGGCUCCCAGCGACAACUUGCCCUUGGUGGAUCUAAUCGAGCACCCGGACCCUAUCUUUGACCCCAAGGAGAAGGAUCUUAACGAGACCUUGCUAAGGAACCUCAUGGGCGGACACUUCGACCCCAACUUUAUGUCUGUUUCCUUGCCCGAGGACCGGCUCGGAGUGGACGAUCUAGCUGAGCUGGACUUGCUGCUCAGGCAGAGACCCUCGGGAGCGAUGCCCAGCGAAAUCAAAGGGCUGGAGUUCUACGACGGGCUGCAGCCGGGCAAGAAGCACAGGCUGAGCAAGAAGCUGCGCAGGAAGCUGCAGAUGUGGCUUUGGUCCCAGACCUUCUGCCCGGUCCUAUACACGUGGAACGAUCUCGGCAGCCGCUUUUGGCCCCGGUAUGUCAAAGUGGGCAGCUGCUACAGUAAAAGGUCUUGUUCAGUCCCCGAAGGCAUGGUUUGCAAACCUGCCAAAUCCGUGCAUUUAACGAUCCUGAGGUGGAGGUGCCAGCGCCGGGGCGGGCAGAGAUGCACAUGGAUACCCAUCCAGUACCCCAUCAUUUCGGAGUGUAAGUGCUCCUGCUAGGGCUGGCACUUUCCUUCGCGCCCCUUCUCCAGCGGACUCACGUGGACCUUUGCUGCAACAGAAAUAAAAGACAUUUGCUUUCUGGUUAACGUUGUAAUGCACUGUAACGUGUAGGAGAAUGUAUAUUGUGUGUGUAUAUAUGGCACCGGUUUAAUAUACUAUUAAGAGGUCAGUAUUAUACGUGAAAUAAUCAGCGUCUACUGUAUUUUCAAGACUAUUACCCUGAUCGUUGCUAAUGUAUCUUUUUUUGGUAUUUAUAUUCCAGAGAGAAGUUGCUUCGCUUGGGCGAAGUAGUUUUUUGUUGGGUGUUGUUUUGUUUUUUUUAAUAAAAGGAUUAAAAAAUACAAACCAAGCUUUUUGAUAAGAAAACGUUUAAAGCUAUUUUCCAUUAUUCGGAAAGCGUGUGUGUGAGGGUUUUUUUUCUUUUUCCUUACGGACUUUAGAUUUAAAAUAAAAAUGAAUAAACGCCUAGAGCACAAUGUUAUUGUAAAUAGAGAGAACAGUUUGAAUGACUUAAUCCUAUGUAAAUGAAGAGUAUCUGCUAUUUAUUCUUUAUAUCCUUGUAGUAAAAGUGCAGUGCAGAAUUAAAGUCAACCACUAAAACACGA